GUUGGGAUGCAGACAGCGAAUCACAUGAGCGUGGAUCUGUUUACAAACUGAGAGCUCCAUAGAUGAGAAGUAAGACGAGCGACAACGACGUAAGGAACGAAAGCCUUGAUGUGAGAAAUCAGCAUUAUCCACAUUAUCUUCUUGUGCUGUGUCCCAACAGCAGGACUUUAGACGAAGAGAUGAAGUGCUGCUUUCCACAGGAACACUGAGGCUACUUGCUUGGCUGCCUGUGCUGCUGCUGCUGCUGGGGAACCCAUGCAUGUCCCUUCCCUUUGUGUCUCCAUAAUUGGCCACGGCAGGUUUUCACAGAGGACAAGCGACGUGGAGAUCUAAAAGAGGAGAGGAGAAAGAAGGAGGGGGAGAAAGAGAGAGAGCCUCGUGACAAUGUUUUGAGUGGGAGACAAAGCACAACGCAGACAUGAGCAUCCUUUUCUUUUCAAGCUUCAAGACUGUUGUCGGUGUCCAGCAGGAAGACAUUUGAGGACUCUUGUUCCAUCCUCUGUGCACUAAGGGGGAUGUUUGUGUCACAUCUUUUGGCUGAAUCAUUGGAGGACAAAUAAGCAGUCGGUUAUGCCUUCUUAAGGAAAUUGUGAGUCUGUGCUCACAACUAACAAGAAGUGGACAGACUGCACCUUUUAUUCAUCAGGACAAAUCAAACCACAGCUAAUUGUUCCAUGUAAGAGUCACUCCCAAGUUGCUGGAGAGACAAAGGUCACUACGUCUGUUUUUCACAUCUCUGCCAUCAACAUUUGUUGCCACUCAUCCAGAGGUGUAACGGGUGCCGUUGUGACCUAGAAUAGAAGAACUCAGAACCCCCCCUGCAAGAUGACAUCUGAAGAGCUCUUCCAUUUGCCGCUCAACGUCUACAUCAUCAUUCUGGGCAUCGGCCUUUUUAUUCUCAUACUCAGCUUCAUCUUUUGCUGCUACUUGUUCAGACUCAGGCGACAAGGUGAAAGAGAACACUAUGGCUACAAUGAGGUAGUUCUAAAAGGAGCGGGGAAGAAACUGAGCCUUCUUGGACAAACAUGUGCAGUGUGUUUAGAAGAGUUUCGCAGCCGGGAUGAACUUGGAGUGUGCCCAUGUUCCCAUGCUUUUCAUAAGAAGUGUCUACUCAAAUGGUUGGAGAUUCGUAGUGUCUGUCCCAUGUGCAACAAGCCAAUAUGCCGCCUCCAGCCUGAGCCCUCACAAGCUCCCGAGCAGCCACAGGGUCUUUUAGAGGUCUGAUAAAAAGAACAUGAUGCGCACAACCUGACACCUGUAACUUCAACUGUACCACAAAUUGUAGUUUAGUAGCGUUUUUAUAAGGGAAAACUUCAAGUGGAAGGAGGACUUUUUGGAAUGUGAGUGUACUCUUUAGCAAUUGUUUAUAAUUGUGGAGUAAAAAAUGUUGUACAAAAGCCAUUUUGUUCAUACUUUCAGAGUUAUUUUAUUGCUAAAGCAAAUAGACAAUAGUACCAAGCACUUUGGAAGACUAAUGAGAAAACUCCAGUGCACUGUUGACUAAGAAUGUAUAUUGUGUUCUGGUAUUUUUUGGUACCGGUUCCAAAUUGGGUCGGUCCAGGAUGACCGUUAAGAUUCUGGACUAAUAAUACUGCUAUUGGAGUUUUUUUUCCAGCUGACAUUCUUCAUUAUGACACGCUAUCACAUUCAGUUCAAGU